AUGGAAGACAAUUAAGCACAAAUUGCAUUUGAUUAUGUAGCCUUUAUUAAAAACAUUCCGCAUAAUUACCCUUAUGAAUGCAUGGGAUUUAUACUUUUCCUCAUUUACAUCUUUAUGUACUUCACAGGAAACACAACCAAUAAAAAACUAGCAUUAAAAUUUGCAUCAACAACCUAUGACUUCUUUAAAACCAACUUCACUGCUGUUGGAAUCACAAACAAAGAAAAUGGACCACUCCUGUAAUCCAUUUCAAGUAAUUCCUUUGGAUUUAUGGCUUAAGGAAGAAACAAUUUAAAUUGUUUAGCAGUCACUAUUGAACUAAAGAAAAGAUAAGAUCUAUUGUCAAUGUUAUUAUUUUCAUUCAUCUGGCCUGAAAGAGACACCAUCACUAUUGAUAUCCCAAUAGCAGCUACACCAUAACCCAUUUGUUUUGCUUUGGUCAAAAAAAGAGAUGCCAAAUCAUAUAAGGAAGCCAAUAUAGAUCUUAAAUAUCUCUGUGAAAAGUUAUCCAUUGAUAAAAUUGAUGACAAUUUAACACUUGUCACCCUUGGUGAAGGCAAAGAACCUUUGACCACUAUUUUUGAUUCCAAAUUAUGUCAAGCCUUAAAGAAAUAUGACAAAUAUAUUCAAAAUAUUCAUUUCACUGAUUAAAAAACACUCUUAGCAAAUCCAUAUCAUCUUAGAGCUACCUUAAUUAAUAUUGAAUCGCUAGAAGAUUACACAGAAUUCAUAUAAUUGAUCCUUUAAAUUGUUGAUAAGAUUGCUAACUUCAAAUUAUCAUAAUCUGCUAGAUAAUAAAAUGAAGAAGAAAGAGCAAAAUUUGAAGAAAUCAAAUUUAAGGAUGAAAAGUAAAAGAAAAUUGAAGAAGCUUAGAAAAAGAAGACAGAAAAAUUGCAAAAGGAAAAAUAAAAGUUAUUGUCUUUACCUAGAGAACAAUAAAUCAAGUUGUAAGAGAAAGAAAAGAGAGAUGAAAUCAAAAAAAAAUAUGCAAAAAGAACAAUGUAUAUGUGA